ACGUAUCCAAGGCAACACGGUGAUCCCAUUACCAUUUUGUCGUGUUCGAAGCUGCGUAUAGAGUGUUUUCACUCACGUGUCCAGCAUCUAUGCAAAUUUACUGGAACAAAAGAAAUAGCUUACCUCAGAAAAGAGUUCAACUCCCCCAGGAUUGGUUUGGAACACCAAUAUGGCCGGCCCUAGCUACUCCAUCGUGUCUCUGUUUAUAUUCUUUCUGCGCCCUCUCUGGGCAGGCAGAUGAGAGUUGUACAACACAGAGAGUCAUUCUGUAACCCAUCCAGUGUCUUAGCUUUGACUGCUUAGUUCUUAGUGAUUGGCUUUAAUUAUUAUUAUUAUUAUUAUUAUUAUUAUUAUUACUAUUAUUAUCAUUAUCAUCAUCAUCACCAUCUUAAGUAAUAAGAACUAGAUUGUUUACUUAUCUGCGCCGCGGUGAACUGUACUUUGCCAUGUGCAACGUUGCGACUGUUGCCAGCGUUACACUAACCUGUUUUAGUUAGCAAUCUACCAAGUCUAAGACUAAGUGGCUAUGUAACCAGCACUGUGGAAAAAAGUAGUCCAGAUAAGUGGCUGUUUAUUUGGUUUGUCCUGCUCGGCUAGUUAUCUGAUAUCCGUGUAACAAAAUAACAUGCGAGAUAAUGACAUUGUUUUCCCUCAUUUAUCCUUUGUAGGUCCUGAUAGCUUUUACGUCACCAACGAUAACUUCUUCCAUUUUGACAGCACCGUGAUGAGAAGCCUGUGGACAUUUUUACUCAAUUACUGGCUGCAUUGUGACAUCGUGUUUUUUGAUGGAUUUAAGGGCGUUGAAGCGAUUGGAGGAGUUCAUCCUAAUGGUAUUACUAUGGAUAAAGACGAAAGGUUAGUUCGAGUGUCGAUAAAGUGCGGUGCCCAGCGACCCAUUGGAAACAGCGAAAGAAAAAAAAACGGGUUUGUGCAAGUGUUGUGCGUUUUAGUAAAUUAAUGUGCUGUUUUCAGACUCUUCCCCAGGGCCUUCGUUUUCUUUGUCCAGUGAAGUGGACAAUUUUUUUUCUGAACUGUAAAUGGUUUAAUAACGACGGGUGCUUAUUAGAUGUUGUUGCUCUCGGCUUUUUUAUAUAUACGAUGGCCAUUAUCGUUGGAGAAUUGUUUUUCAUUUAUUCCCUGCAAUCGUAGCCUGAGGAAACGGGCGUCCUUUUCGCGACGCCACCCCACCCCACCCCACCCCACCCCACCCCACCCCAUCCCAUCGGUUUCCCCCCGAAAUGAUGUCAAAGGAACAAGAGCACAAGUUCCAUACUGAUGACCUGUCACUGUACUCAGAUUUUUGUAGUGCUUCUGAAUGGUUGAGGCAAAUUUCUCUCGCGGCACAGAAAGCAAUCAAUCAGAAGUACUUUCCAGAACAGGGUAGUAACACGUCAUCAGUGUGGAAUUUCUGGGCUUGUUCCUCAAACGUCAUUUGGCGGGAAAAUCAGUGGCGACGUCUCGUUUCUCAGGUUGCUGCAAUCGCUGAAAUUUUUUCAGCGCUCCCUUAGCGGUCAUAGGAAACUGAGCUGUACAGGAAACCUGUACUGGUGUAUAUCUGAAGAUGAAGCUGAAGAUUUUUACCAUGCCAUGCGGGUGUAACAGAAAUCAGCCGUAAACAAUAAUUUAAUUCCCUGGCAUCCUCUGUUCCCUUGUAGGUUUGUUUUUACACCCGACCACAUUUCCCUCAGCAUUGCAAUUUACAGACGUCGUCAAGACAACACAUUAGAAAAGUCUCAGGUGAGUUCGCUUGUUUCAGAUUGAGGCUUUGAUAUCAUUAGCACCAACGAUGGGCGAAGGGAAGUGAGAGGUGGUGGGUGGGUGUGUGGGGAGAAUUUUGAAUCCCAGGCUCCUCGGGAGGCGGUCCCUCUCGAAAUUCAUUCUAUCUUACGCAUUUCUAAUACCUUAAUACUGUGAUUUUCUUUAACAGACGAUUCCAAUUGGAUCAAUUAUAGAUAACGUCAACCUUGACCCUGUGACUGGAGAUCUGUGGCUUGCGGGAAUACCUCGCGGUAUUGACUUCGUUGAACACUCUAAGAACCUCAGUCUUCCCAGUCCUUCUCAAGUUUUACAUUUGCAGCUUGGAAAGCCAUCUUCAUCCGGGGAAACUUUUCCUGAUUACGAGCUUCGCGAGGUGUACAUGAAUGAUGGAAAGGAAGUGUCGGGCUCCUCGUCUGCAAUUUUUUACAAAGAUCGUUUGCUGAUCGGCUCUGUAUAUAGUAAUAUGGUGUACUGUGAAGUUAAGUUUUAUUAAACUGUUGCAAAGUCGUUAUACAACCAAGAAAACUGCACCUCUGAUCUCUGAUGCUUUUCAAGCUGCUAAAGGUAGCUUACGAACGUCAUGGCUCAGUCAAUUCCAAGUGCAGCCUGCGUAACAGGCGCCGGUUUUUUUAGGGCGAAAAAGAGAAAUAUCGAGUUUACGCGCGCGUUCGAGGGGAGAAAAAGAGAGGAGGCGCCUGCCGCGCAGACCUUACUUUCAACUAUCCCCUUCGUGGGUUCCCCUCGCGCGCUCUAUCAGAGAAAUAAACAACAACAAAAAAGAAACCGGCGCCUGCCGCGAAGGUGUGCCUGGCCUUCUUCCUAAAAGCUGCAAAUGGCCCACGGUUAGACCAGCAGAUUCAUACAAAAACCCCUCCGUAGGGCUUAAAAUUUGUGCUUAAUGAUCAACUUUGCGGAUGAGGCAAAAGGUAUGUUUCCUUGAAAGAGGCUUAAAAUCGUUAAUUCGCGCAGUGUGUAAAUGGUUGAAACAGUAUUAACUUUACCAGUGAAAGUAAAAAACAAUAACGAAGGUCUUGGUAAAAAUCAACUACAAUGUAAAAGAUACUUACAUAAGAGUAUCCCUAUCUCUGGGAAACUCUGACAGACCCUAACAUCGAAGAAGAAUCUGCUUACCGUUAAAAUUGACCACAACGAAGAAAUGUAUUUUUGUUUCAUAAGUAUGGCUUUUUGGGAUGACAGUCUUUGCCAUUUCCUCCUGAAAUUCUCGUCAAAGCUUCGCAAACCCCAUUAUAGCCGGCUUUUCUCCUCAACAGAGUGCUCUUUUAUUAAAACUCACUUUCCUCUGUUAGACGAUAACAUUUUAAUUUUAACACGAAGUUUCAAGAUGCCAAAACUUUCUUUAGUAAGCUUGUGCUUGAUGUUUGUGCUUCAUUCACGAAAAAUUCCCUGCAGCUGGGCAGAAUUUUUAUGACAAACGCCCCAUCGCGGGAACAACACAGCCUUUAACAAAUGCCCAGUGUAGCCCAAGCUUAAAAAGGCGGGUAAAUUCAAAAAGUUUGUUAAUUAGCACUGUUAUGUAUCUUCUUUUCAAACGCGUUUUUAGUCCUUUUGUAAGCUCUCCCGAGGACAAGCUCCCCCCGCCCCCUCCCCCCACUUCGUUUAUAAGCCCUCAUAAACCUCUUUUUUAAGCCAGAAGACUCCAGUCUUCGUGGCCGAGUGAAGGGCAAGAAUGUCACGCAAUCUUGAACACCGUGCAUUUUGCCAAGAACUUCAUGCAGUGCGGGCAACUGAAUGUGAUGCACAACUGUCUGUAAGACUCCACACGCCGAAUCCAUGGGUCGACUGUUAACUUUGGAAGUCACUAUUGUAUGUGCUUUAAUCGCCAUUGUGGUUUCACACGUAUUAAAAGUCCUGUAAGUGAAUAAUAGAUGUGUUCCAUUGGUUCGAAUAAUAGUUUGUGAACCUAUUAAGCUCAAAUGCUUCGAGUGUUUAAUUCAUAUCCUCGGUCCUUGGAUAUUCUCUAGGAUUGCCCUUGGUUUUUUUACGAAGACUUUGAACCACUCCCCUGGACCUUGUAAAGUGAUACAAGGUAAGUUUUUCUAAACAGAUUCUUCACUUAUAUACAGAGUAAGGACUUUGUAGAAGUGGCCUCGGCAGUCUACCGUGUUCGUUAACUUCUGAAGUCGUUUCGCGUACUUGUUGGAUCAGUUGCCAAACUGCUUUCGCCUGAUCAGUGGCUGAAAGAACGAGGUAUAUACAUGUGCAUCGCACUCUUUUGUAUCAUAGCUGAGAGAACGAAGCAUAUACAUACGCACCGCUUGUUUCGCUUCUUAGCGGAACGACAUAAGACCAGAUAUACGACCGGCUCGGCGGCUCGCUAGUCAUGAUAGAUGCAUGAACAGCCCAUGCAGAACAAGAAAGGUAAAUAAUUAAUUUCAUGUGUUAAGGAAAACAGGUAUAUCUAUAGGUAUGAGUAUAAAGAACAGGUAAGGCAUAUACUUUACUGGGGUGGCAGUUCUUCAGUCGGGGUUGAAGUCUUAUUUAUAAGACAAUCCAUUUUAUUUUCAGGGGCUCGACGAUUCACUUGAGUGAUAAGGUGGAGAGCCCAGGAGCUACUCGAAAUUAAGCUUAAUUACUCUGAAAAGUUUUCCGUGCGCUUUGUAGUUUAUUCUCAAAUAGACAAAUUAGAGGCCAUCACACGACGUUUAUCAGAGAAAACAACAAGUUUAAUUAGUUUUUUACAGCCAUUGCAUAACGCAGAAUUGAUUCUUAUUUCUCUGAUAUACGUCAUGUGAUGGCUUCUAGUUUGUCUAUUUGAGAAUAAAUUAUGCCUUCAUUUGCACGUGAAUAACACGAAAUUUACUGUUUCUUUUUUCUCGAAUAACUGUCAAUCAAUCAUCAAUUAAAAACUAUUCAAUUUUCGAUAGCAAAAAAAGCGAAAUCAUUUUCUCCUUCCCUUCCACUAGGAACAGCUGCCACCAGGCUGGUAUCUCCAAAGGAAAUUAGCUUAUUCAAAUUUAUAGAAUUCAUUCAAAUGAUUAAAUGUUUCAAUACAUUAAAAUUCACCAAUCAAAUAAAUUAAAGUGAAGAAGUGAUUUAAAAAAAUACACAUACAUGUACAUAACUAUUAUUUAAGUAACUAUGAUACAAAAAGCCAUUAUAGUUUCGAGACACUAGCGUUGAGCACAAGAAGAAUAGUAUUCAUUGUCCAAGUGAACAGUUUUCGGUGCCUGAGUUUUGUAGGCAGAGUGCAGAUGCGCGUGCACAUGAUUAAAAGUUGAACAUCUCUAAUACGGACACAGAAGGGACAGAGCGGAGUUUCCGUGUUAGAGAGGUGUCAGUAUAAAAGAGGUCACUAUAGUGACGUCACUUUUAUGACUCCACUUACAGUUCUAAGUGUUCAGUAGCUAAAACCAGGCUCACACUCGUCUUUAAACUGCAUUUAAGGUUAUUAGUUCACAGUACAAAGACAGUGUCUUUCAGUAACGUACAACAUUCUCCAUCUCAGCCAAAGACAAAUCACUGUUUUCAAAAGGAACGAGCUCCCGUGCAAUGCUGCAUGUAAAAAGUUGUAACGUAAAGCACAACUCUGAACGCGUCUUUCGCUAUUUUGCAAGUGUAGUAAACAGUAACUAGAGUACAAAAUGCAUGUAAUAGGAAAGAUCUUUAUGGUAUCUGUAGUUAUUGAAGCCUUCAAAAAGUUAUGUUUCUCUGUACACCUUUCGCAAAUCGUUGUUUGGUAUACAGUGACUGGCGUUUAUAUCACCUUGCAUAACUCAUCAGCCAGACUAGACGGGAUUCAUCCUGUGGAGAUUCAUGAUCACCUGAUUGGGAUUCGGGAUUCACCUGAUCACCGCAGUGUCUUUAAUAAAGAGGUUAAUUUUAUAUGAAGUUAUUCAGACUCUGGGGCCGAGAUUUGACAGAUUUAGUGUCCGUUGUCCGUAUUACAGAGAGUCCGUGUCUAUAGUGUCUAUAAUGAUUAUAGAGGUUUUUUUAAAGAAAAUGUAUGAGAAUUUUGUCGGAACAUUGGAAACUGUCCGUAAAAGAGAGGUGUUCGUCUUAGAGAAGUGUCCGUACCAAGAGGUUUGACUGUAACUAAAAGUGAAGUGAUUGAACUAAUUUAAUGUUCCUGAAGAAAGUUAACACAGAUUUUGGUCUAGAAACUAUACAGUGAAACCCCUGUUAAGCGGACCCCCAAUUAAGCGGACACCCUCUAUUAAGCAGACACUAACCCGUGUCCCGAAGUUAAUGUCUUAUAUUUCCCUUUAUAACGAACCCCUAUUCAGCGGACACUAAAAUAAAUUGUAUUCGGCUAAUUUCUAUUCUUAAAAACCUCUAUUAAGUGGACACAGAACUGAAUUGACAGUAGUAGUAUUGGUGCACUGCAAAAGAGAGAGCCUCCAGACUCUAGAUCCUUUCAGGUUGGCAUCGAUCUCUCUAUGUUAAAUUCUUGUUUUCACACAAUAUUUCAUUCAACAGUCUUUGAAUGUUUUAGCUCUAAAAAAGUCUCAAAAUGUACGUGAUCGCAAUGGAGAGCGUGAGAAACAUUGGGGCUGAAAAACAAAGACAUUACAUCACUUGAGAAGCUUAUUUUCUUACUUUGGGAUCCACUGCAUUGUUCGCCGGUCCAGCAGAAUGCAGAUUAUUCGUGUUACGUAUUUGUGUAGAGUCAUGAUUGCUUCUUUACUUUUUAGCAAAUGGCUCUGAGGACUUUGCUCUUCUCCCUGAUGGACUGGUUUUUGUCUCUUCUGUAAGUACUGGUAAAGAUUUCUUUCUCUGAAUUAGCUCCACUUGUACUGCUCUAGACCAGUUAUUUGCUAUAUCUAUCACAGCUGUCUUGUAUACUAAACUAGGGCUGAUCUAAUUGUUGGAGAUGUAUUUAUGAGAAAAUAAAUAAAAAGAGAAAGUAUUAAGCACACUGUUUUAAUGUUGAUCACAUCACCAGUAAUCAUGUCAAUAUUGAUAAUAGUAAUUAUGAUCAUGAUGAUUAUAAUUUAGGUGAUUGUGAUGAUGACGAUCAUAAUGAGGAUUAAGUUGCUCCUUUCUGAUUUGCAAACAGGGACUCCGCAAUACAGCUGGACUCUGGUAUGAUCCCGAGAUUGACAAACGAGAUGGUAAGCUGUUAGCGUUUGACUUCAACAAACCUGACCAGGAUCCAGUUGAACUAACACUGAAAAACUUCGAUCGCAAGGGAUUUAACCCUCACGGGAUUAGCGUGUAUCGUGACCCAUCCUCGGGUCAGGUAUCCUUGUUUGUUGUGAAUCACCGACCAGAUGCACAAGCCAUUGAAAUAUUUGACUUUGAGCGGGAAACACGUUCAUUAAUACAUCGCCGUUCUGUGGUGGAUGAUUUGAUCUGGAGUCCAAAUGAUGUAUAUGCAGUUGGUAAGUGACCCCUGAAAAAUUACAGAGGUGGCAAUCAUUUGAUGACCAUCUCACAUUCUAAUGACUGGGGAUGAAAUUAUAGAAAGACGGACACCUUUUGGGACCGGUACUAAAUGUCCGUCUGACAGACGUCCUUCUUAUAGAGAGUCAAAUAAAAGGGAAAAAGAAAGCUGGGGACCAACCAUUUUACAGAGGUGUCCGUUAAGACAGAGUCGGCUGUACCAACAAAUAUCUUUGCUUUGGCCUUUGGUAAAACGUUUUUUAAGCCAAAUAUAAGGGAAUUACCUGUUAACAUAUAGCUUUAGCCAAGCCUGAAACUGCAACCCCUUACACAAAACUUAAAAAAAGCUUGCAAUCCUAAGAAAACUAUGGUCAGCGGAUAGCUUCAAAAGAAUACGUGACCACGAUCGACCUCGUUAACAACCUCAACCCAGGGCCUUCUCUUGGAAAAAGAGAAGUCCUUGGGGACGGGAUUGCCUCAACGGCGCGAUAGUUACAUCUGAGACAGAGAUGGCGGGCCAGUGGAUCCCCCAUUUUGACAGCUGUCAAUUGAGUUGUUAUGGAUGCCGGGAAGGAUACUGUAGUAUGAAAGAAAGAUAUUGCUUUCUCAUUUUGAUAUUACUGCAUGCUUUGUAUUUCUGGGUAUCUGUGUCAUUUUUUGAUGGCUUAAAUAAACCUGGUUGCAUCGCGCAUCGAUAGGAAACCUCGCUCCUUCCCGUGCUCUCAUUCCAGUCAUUCAGUCGAGGUCCCCCUAAUUGCGAGUCUUUCCUCAGCUUUGGGUUUUCACAAAGUGAAACCUGUUGUAGUAAGCAACGCAUGACUAGUCUGAAGUUACCGGUACAUUAGCCAAAUGUAGUGGUCAAAUGUUUUGCACAUUGUGAAUUCUAAAAAUAGACUUGAGUGAAUCCACAUGACGUUGAUCGGAAAAAUUAAACACUCGAUGUAGCGCAUACCUGUAACUUUAACAGUCCUUGCUGGACAAGCAGUUUGUUUACAAAAGCUGUUUCUUUCCUUUCAAACUCCUCCAUAUCACUAUGCGAAAGAUCAACGGCUAUCGAGCCACGUUAUCGGAUUGUACAAAGAAGUUAAACUUGACACGUCCGGUUCAAAUUCUCCACCCUAGCCAGGCAAACGGCCCCUCCUUGGGCACAAGUGAUAACAAGCGUCAUUUUUUCGCGUUUUUCAGGUGAGCAAAGUCAAUCUCGAAACGAGACAGGAGCGCCAGACGCGCGACGGGGCUAGACGCGUGUCUGGCGCUCCUCGCUCGCUUCGUGCUUGCCUUUUCUUGCCUAAAAAACGCGAAAAUAUAACGCCUAUUGUGCAGGCUAAUGCCUACACUACAAUAUAAAACGUGAGAUGAUGAAUUUCUUUCUUUCUUUAUCCUUUGCAGGUCCUGAUAGCUUUUACGUCACCAACGACAACUUCUUUCAUUUUGAAAGCACCGUAAUGAGAAACCUGUGGGGAUUUUUACUCAAUUACUGGCUACCUUGUAACAUCGUGUUUUUUGAUGGCUUCAAGGCCAUUAAAGCGUUUGUAGGAGUUCAUCCGAAUGGUAUUACUAUGGAUAAAGACGAAAGGUUAGUUCGAGUGUCCAUAAAGUGUCAUGCCAAGUGACCUACGGGGAGAAGAAAAGCUUAUACGAUACCUGCCAUCUUUGUACACUUUUUAGGAUUGAUGGGAUAAAAGCAAUUUCAGGUGGUAUUUUAGGGGAAUACAAGUGAUAAGAGUCGCCAAUACGCGUAAUCGCGGUCGAGGUUGUCUAUUCUCUCAAAACGGUGGUGGACAAAACACCGACCCCCAGUGGUGGACUACCCUCGGUUAAAAUGGACUACGUACGCCGCUGAAGUUUAGUGACUAGGGGUAGGAAACUGAGACAAUCAGGUUCCAUUUAGGGUCGUUAUACUGGGAAAACUAACCUGAAAGUUGAUUCCCUCAGUUUUCUAACCCCAAAUCACUAAAGUUCAGCGGCGUAGUCCAUUUUAGGGUAAUCCGUGAACUGGGGGUCAGGGUUUUUGUCCACCACCUCUCAAAACUUGGCGAUAAUUUCAGUCCCGCAAAAUGUACAGUUCGAGUUCCGACAACUUUACGCCAGUAUUGCUUGCUGUUAGGACAUCUACGGUCGCUACUCUAUCCAAAAAAGUAAAAAUGAUCACCUCCACCAAUAACUUGCCUUUAUCGUUUUUAAGAUAAAAAGUUUUCUUCAUUUUCUGUUGCUUAGAAUAAACAAACUGGACCGCGAUUUCUUGUAUCGGCAGAGUUAUCACUUGUUUUGCCUCCGAGAACGUGACAUCUGUUUUAUCCUCUUAUAUAAUGGGCCUAAUGACCUAAACAACGAAUCCAAAACAUUGAUACUUUUUUGUAAUUCUUAAAAUUUUUAAAAAACUCCCACUUAUGUUAAAAUAAAUGCUUGUUUGGUUUACUCUCUCGUAGGCUUGUUUUUACACCCGACAACCUUUCUGGAAGUAUUGCAAUUUUCAGACGUCGUCAAGACAACACAUUAGAAAAAUGUCAGGUCAGUUCGGUCUUAGAUUGAAUGGAAUCCGGAUCCCGGAAAUAUAUGCCUGUUGAAUCCAGAAUCUUGGGAUUUGUGCUUGUGGAAUCUGGAAUCCUGGGCUUUGAAAUCUGGCAUACAGCUCAAGGAAUCCGGAAUCCCACUAACGAUUCUGAUUCCACAACCUCGUUCCCAGGGCUUUUCCCCUUAAAAAAAAUGGGGCCCUGGGAACGAGGUUGCUGGUUCCACUAACAAAGAAUCCGCAAUCCAGUACCUGGAAUCCGGACUCCACGGUGUGGAAUCCAGAAUCCAAGACUGUCUUGGAUUCCCUUAUAUGGGGCGAUUGAGUCCUUAAUAUCUCCAGCACUGAAGCAGAGAAAGGUUGGGAAUGGGGUUAUUUAGACUGCCUGCAGACCCCUGAAAAGGUCGUCGAUUUUUGUUUGAAUCCAUUUUUACCUUUUCCCAUGGUACCUUGCAGUAUUCUUAUACCUGAAUACUCUGUUUUUCUUCAACAGACAAUUCCGGUUGGAUCAUUUAUAGAUAACAUCAACCUUGACCCUGUGACUGGAAAUUUUUGGGUUGCGGGAAUGCCUCGCUUAAUUGACUUUAUUGAACACAACCAAAAGAACCUCAGUCUUCCCAGUCCUUCUCAAGUUUUCACUUUGAAUCUGGGAAAGCCAUCUUCAUCCGGGGAAGCUUUUCCUGAUUACGAGGUUCGCGAGGUGUACAUGAAUGACGGCAAGGAAGUGACGGGCUCCUCGUCUGCAAUAUUUUACAAAGAUCACUUGCUGAUCGGCUCUGUGUUUGGGAAUAUGGUGUAUUGUGAGGUGAAGUUUUAUUAACUGAACUACUACUAAGUCACCUUGCAACCAAGAAGAAUUUCGUCUGACCUGAAGCCUUUUUGAUGCUAACCUGUUUAUGCUGCCUGCGAAUGUUAGAAACGUUUGGUGUUCGUGCAGUUUAGACCACAGGGAGAUCCAUCAAAGUGUUCAUAUCUCGUAAAGAGUUGCGUCUGGUUGUCGGUCUUUGUUCUUUCCUCCCUGUUCGUUUCUAUUUGCAUACCACGAGUUGUAUUGUAUAAACGCUUAGAAGUAAAAACUGAAUAAAACUGAAUAAAGGCAAAAACACCCUUUGAGCCUCG